ACACGCGGAGAUUUGGGCGUACUGCCUUAUUUACCGGGGGGGAUACCGUAGUUGCUAUCAGUACGAUGUGUUAUAGCAAUCGCCGCUGGUGAACGUGUUUACUCUCACAAGGUCUUUCAGUUUUAAUUCGUACCCAUCCUUUUACCAACUCAAUCGUUUUAACUCAAGUGACAAGGGUUAUCGUCUCGGUAAACAGUGCAACAAGUUAACAAAGCCUGCUGUAAGUCGGUGGGGAGUCUUUCGCAGGUUGCCCCGCUCGGCAGAGGACGGAAGCGCGGUGCCCUUGUUGGACCGUCUCCUUGCUCGCUGGGAGCUCGACCACCUCUCUGGUGUUGUAGCUAGCAUAAUAGGUUUAGAAUAGUUGCGACCCACGCGUAAACAUCGAGUUCAGACUAGAAGAGCGCUGUAGCCUGUGCACAAUUUACGCGCCAGGAGUGCGCGAGCUGUCGCAUUGUUAAGAAUCCCAUAUGAAGGCUUUGGAGGCUCGAGGAAACUCAAGGUGCAGUGAAAGCAUGGAGAGGGAACCAGGGUCUUACAAACGGCAGUACUGCUGUAGGACCUUCGCAAGUGUAAUUUCGCUUUUAUUUUCUGUUGUGUCCGUCGCCUAUUGCAUUUUUCUGAGUGUACAAACAUCCGAGAUCAGACAGAGGGUCGUGGAAUUGGAAACAACUGGAAACGGAGAGAUUCAGUAUCACCAGGUUCCCGGCUUUUCCAUGGAUCAGCUUAAUUCAUUGGUACGGGAGAGAGUGGAUCAACUUCUGUCUCAGAGGACAUACGAACAUUUGGCCAAAAUAAGGUCUGCUCGAGAAGCUCCACCUGAGUGCAACUGUCCACCAGGCCUGCCAGGAAAGCGCGGAAGGAGGGGUAGAGAUGGCGUGCCUGGACCUCCUGGUCCCCCAGGUCCUAAAGGAGACAAGGGGGACCAAGGUGACCAGGGGCCACGGAUGGUCUUCCCUAAGAUCAAUCACGGCUUUCUUUCCGCUGAUCAGCAGCUUAUUAGACGCCGGCUCAUUAAGGGAGAUCAGGGACAGGCUGGUCCCCCGGGGCCCCCAGGCCCCCCCGGACCUCGAGGGCCCCCAGGUGACACAGGUAAAGACGGUCCCAGAGGAGUCCCAGGACUUCCGGGAGAGCCAGGGAACCCGGGCGAAAUGGGGCUGAUGGGACCAGAGGGACCUCCAGGACCCAAGGGUCCACCUGGGAUUCCAGGUGCUGAUGGACUGAAGGGCGAAAUUGGAGAGCGAGGUGAAAAGGGUGACAUGGGAGAUGAUGGCCAGAAGGGUGAAGUUGGUCAGAAGGGAGAUGCAGGAUCAUCUGCAGCUGGCAUCAAGGGUGAGCCGGGCGAGCCAGGAAGAGGAGGCCAUAAGGGAGAGCCAGGACUUCCAGGGCUGCCUGGACUUCCCGGGAUAAAGGGUGAACCUGGAUUUCUAGGCCCCCAGGGAGAGCCAGGAUUGCCAGGGCUCCCAGGAACCAAGGGCGAGCGCGGGGAGAUGGGGCCGCCAGGGAAAGGAGAGCGAGGGCUGAUGGGGCCUGUGGGACAGAAGGGAACACAAGGGGAGCCUGGAACCCCUGGUUACAAAGGAGUAAAGGGCGAAACGGGGGAGAAAGGGGAACGAGGAUCCAUGGGGCUGAGAGGCCCCCCCGGACUGAAGGGUGACCAGGGGGCGACCGAGAUCAUCGACUACAACGGAAACAUCCAGGAGGCCCUGCAGAAGAUUACCACAUUUACAGUGACGGGUCCUCCAGGGCCACCCGGACCUCUUGGACCACCAGGACUGAAGGGGGAGCGCGGGGCACCUGGUCUCCCAGGCCUGGACGGGGAGAGGGGUCUGAAGGGCUCAAAAGGAGAUGCAGGGGUCCCUGGUUUGUCCGGAGAGAAGGGGAGUCUGGGAUUGCCUGGUCUGCCUGGCGUUAACGGGCUGAAGGGUGAUAAAGGGGACACAGGACUGCCUGGGUCUCAGGGACCUUCGAUCAUCGGCCCCCCUGGAUCUCCCGGCCCCCACGGCCCCCCAGGACCCAUGGGACCCCAUGGUUUUCCAGGUCCUAAGGGAGAAUCAGGGCUGAAUGGUCUGAAAGGGGUUCGAGGGGAGCCUGGCCACAAGGGCGAUCGAGGGCCCCUGGGCCUCCCUGGGGCGUCUGGCUUGGACGGCAAGCCUGGAAUUAGGGGAAUGGAUGGACCUGCAGGUCCAGCUGGCCCAGCCGGACCCAAAGGUGACAUAGGUGAGCGAGGAUCGGCUGGUGAACCUGGGCCAAGAGGACCGUACGGAUUACCUGGCGCAGUGGGGACACCCGGACUGGAUGGGUUACCAGGAUUAAGGGGCGAGAAAGGUGACACUGGAGAAAGAGGAGAAAAGGGUUUCCGGGGAUUAAAGGGUGAAAAGGGGGAGCCGGGCCAGCCUGGGCUGGACGGGCUGGACGCCCCGUGCCAAUUGGGCCCUGAUGGUCUACCAAUGCCUGGCUGUUGGCAGAAGGGAGUCACCCCGUGGCUGGUGGCUUGAAAACAGUAGAUUCCCCGAGGAGGCGAAGAUGAGUUGUUCUCUUUUCUUUAUUGCGGUGAGGCCUACGGACUGGUCGUUGAAGUCUGUGGUCCCUCACAAGGCACUUACCGGGGCCCCUACGUUGAAGCCCACGCUUUCAAACAGCACUUACCACCGAUGAGGGAGGGGUAGGAGGAGAAAUGGAGUGGGGGGGCCCUUCUGAGGAGCUAUGUCCCGCUUAGCCGCUGGUUGAGUUGGGUUUAGGCGAGGACUUUGGACAGGAUUCGUGCGGUGCUACAGAGGCCUGGCCUCCGUGGGCCUACUUGGAUCCUAGGGAACGAGGAAGGCACACCCAUCAAAAUGCCUACAUCAUCUCUAUAGCAACCAAAGGAGUCUCUGCAGCUGAGAUUCCAUAAAGUGAGAUUACAGGGAGGAUUAACUAACAGGAUAUGCUACAGUAGGGAGGGAGUGUUGAUGGAUGUUAUGAUUUAUUAUUGUUUGUUCUUUUUAAAUAUUGUAAUUUCUUGUUGUUUUUGUGUAUAGCCUUUGGUGCCUCAAGAUUUUUGUUAUUCAUUCCCAUUGUUGGAAAUAUGGACGUUUUUUUAUCAUACUUUAAGUGAUAGGAAUGGUUUGUUUAUUGUAGAAUGAUAUCCUUGUAAUGUACAAUUCUACAGCAUUAAAAACCAACAGUACUUACUAUUUGUAUUAUCUUAUGAAGCUCUCCCUGACUAUGUCAAAUGAAGGGGUUUUUUUACUCAUUCUUUUUCAUGUAUAUUGUGGCUUCAAGAAAAUUAUUUAUAUUGUGUAAGAGGAAUUUUAAAUAGUUAUACAAACCAUUGCUUGAUAAUCAUAUAGAGAAUUUUGCAUUGGAACCCCUGAUAAAACUGCAGGCCUUUUCUGCUUGAGUUCAGAUGGGUCGUGGCAGGAAAACUGGUUCAUGACUGGUGCUUCAUUUGAAAUGUAUCUUCAAUUUGUGAUGUUCCCCUGAACGGGAACAUCAAAAUCAGUCGAAGUGAGUUAUCUUUUUGAUUAUUUUUAUUUCUGGGGACAAUAUUUUACAGAAAAUCAUUUUCACUGUAAUUUCAUAAGAUCGCCUCAGUUAAGGACCAGAUACUGAAAUAUGAGCUUACAAAAUUUCAAUAGCAUAAGCUUUAUGGCAAAGCUGUCAAAUUCCUGGGAGAGUUUUUAAAAAUGACAUGAUGACAAGACAAAAUUGGACUCAUUUUGUUUCCUCUGUUGCCUGCAUUUUUGUGAUAACAUUUCUCUAGAGAACUUGGUUCUAAACAAGAAAAAGUUGUUGGUGAAUAUUUGUGGUUAGAGUAAGCUGAGUUGGAUUCACACUUGAAACCCAAUGAACUCUGGUUUCGCCUGUCUGAAUUUAGAAGCUGUGGUUUUCUAAAUUCACAUCACUAAUUAUACUUUCAUAGUAGGAGUGUUUGUGAGGGGUUUGUGCUAGACAUAUAUUUGCGAUUUCAUUGAUUAAUUCAAUUAUUCCAUUCUUUAUACAGUUUUGAACAAUUUAAUCCUGCAUGCAAACAAAAUGGAAAUAUGGUACAACAAGUAUGAUUUAAUGGAGUUUCUAUCGUAAUUUCAACUGAAGGGCAUGUAUUGAAAUCCAUGUGCGUUGCUGUUUGUCCGGCUGUGUCAGAUGUACAUUACAUUCCAACACCAGCAUAAAAUUAACAGCCUCUCCUGCCACUGAAAUUGUUCAGAAUUGUUAAACUAGAAGGCGUUUUUUUCAUCUGUAGCAACCUUAAAACAUAGAUGAUCCCUCCCCACAUCCCCUUGAUAUUGAUGGAGACAGAAAUUAUCUCGUCAAUACACACCAAGAAUUUUGCAUUUAGAAGUAUCACAGAAAAGGUCAAUUAACAGAGAGCCCAUUUAUGUCAUACCAUAAAUAUUUUUGACUUAAGAUUUUAAAAUAUUGUAUUUGUACUAGUUAUUAAUUACAAUAUUUCCAAAUACAAGCUUUUUCUUUUUGAAAUGCAAUCCCAGCAUUUAUAUGCAUGGAGGUACUGAGAAUUGGCCCCUAGUUAUUAUGACGAGUUUUUCUUGAUGUUAUGAUCGUUUGAUAUUCCUGAAAGUUUCCUUCUAUGUCUUUGAUGGUGCUAUCAGCUGGGCACUGAAGGAAGUUCACUGUACACACCAACCAGACUAUUUUUAUUUUUUGUUACAUUUAAGUUUUGUGUAUUGUGUAUACUUUUAUAUUAUAAUUGCUGUUUUAAAUGGUAUUUUAUUUAUUGUGCUUAUUGGUUACAUGAAGGCAUUCCUUUGACAUGGGCUCACUUCUUCCAGUUCUCAUGCCAUUUUUCUCUGCUUAUUUCCUUCCCUAUUUCUUAGCAGACACAGCAAAAUUCACAGUGUUAAAUCAACUCUACCAGUGUUACAUCAACUACGGCAGUGUUAAGUCAACUCUACCAGUGUUACAUCAACUACGGCAGUGUUAAGUCAACUCUACCAGUGUUACAUCAACUACGGCAGUGUUAAAUCAACUAUACCAGGGUUGUAUUAACUCUACCAGUGUUCAACUCUACCGGUUUUAAACACAAUAGGGACAUUAUUUACUUUUUAAAUGCUAGAAGUACUCUGUCAGAAUUGAUUUUACACAGAAAGUGUUUCUGUUGUCGCUGUCAGGUGCAGUGCUGAAACAUGUUAUUUUUGGGGAAGGGAAUCCUGUAUGGAAUGUACGUGUUCGUAAAUACGCAAAUCUUUCUGUCCCCCACAGUGGGUUGUGAUGCUGGCACCUGAGCGGCUCUUUAGUCGAGUAGCUACAGUUUGCUUGUAUGGUACAUACAGUAACAAAGAAGCACAGUCCAUAUGCAUCACAUUCAUUUAAAAAUGUUUUUUUUAUUUUUUUAUUCCGGGUCUGGCUCUAUAAUGCUGCUUUGAUUUAUUUUCUGGUAUGACCAGAAACUGCAAAGGAACACACAGUGAGUAAGUGUAGCAUGACUCAAACCUACUGGGUUGGGUGCAUUCUUUAUUUGGAGGUGUGUCUCAUAGUAUCACAACAUUACUGUCCUUGCAUUUGCUUUUGUUUCUCCGUUGCCAUCAUUAUGAAAUUGAUAUUGCUGUGGCAUGCUUUUUCUUAUAUGCACUAUGUGUUUGGUGUAGUCCAGAGAACCACAUAAUGCCAGUGUUUAAAUUGUUAACAGCUACUGGGAAGUAAUAAUAAUUUGAAUACCCAGGCAAAUUUAUUCAAUUGAGCAUUGAAUGUAGAUCUAUAAUAUAUGUAUAGUGGAAUAUAAAUGUGGCAUUCGUCAUCUCAUUAUAGUUUUUAUUUACAAUCAUUUUCUAUUGUAAUUUCUAUUGUAUUGUAUUAGUGUACUACAAUUCAUUUGGUUUAAAUGUUAAAAGUUUUUCUAAAAUGCAACAAAACCAUAACUGAUUUAUCAUGAAGAUACCCUUUUUUUGGAUGAUGAUUCAUUUGACAGUUACGCCAAGGAGAGGUUUUUAUCCAUCUUGUUGUACUGCUUGUCUUAAUUCUUCUGUUCUGCCUAAACAAACAUUUGCGCUACAAAAUCUGGCUGUCCAGAAAUGUAAGGCCAACUGUUAAAGUUCUUAACUCUGGUGUGCAUACCUGUACAAGUACUGUAUGUACCAAAUCAAAGCAGACCUCAGUCUAACAGCUUUCAAAGUCCAGUACAGUUUUUUUUUUUUAAACUGAGCAACAUGAAUCCUCAUCUGAACAUUUCUUUGAUUAUUUUCAUUUUGUUUUCCAGAGAAUAUAGUCUCAGACACUGUCAUUCAUAUUUCCCUUGUUUUUUUUUUGUUACAAUUAUGGUUGUCUUGUUUUGUUUGUAUUUUCUAUUUCUUUGUAAGUGUUUGUAUUGUAACUUUUUUGGUACACAUUUGCUACUCUUUGAUGUUUUUUUAUUUCCUGUUUCAGGUUUCAGACUUUACCUUUUUCAGUAUACAUUUCAAAACCGUUUCAUGAGGCUGUACUGUUGGAGCCAAAUAAAAUGCUUUACCUCUUUCUGAGUUUCACUUGUUUUGGUAUUUAGGAAAUUUUUACAAAUUAAAGAAAGAAGAUUAUGAAUUAAAAGCCCGAGCACCCCACCACCACCACCAUCAUCUUCUAAAAUAAAUGAUAAAUUAAUUCAUUUGAGACACCUAUUGAUGGAAAUGAUAUAGUUUUUAAAUGAUUACUGCAGAUGGAUAUUUUUAAGAGGUUUUGGAUCUGGUCAGUUUUGUGAGGGGUUUGUUGUUUGUUUUAUUUUAUUUGUUAAUAAACAUCUUACUGUCAAUAUAAAUUUGGUAUAAUAAAUGUGUAGUAACUGCUGAA